AUGGAAGAAUUCCAAGAGUACAUCCAACUUUUUUUAAUUUUGCUAAUCUCCACAAUUGUGAUUCGAGCUAUUCUCAUAAGAUACCAUAACAAUGGCAACCAACAUCAUCAAAAUCCACCAAGCCCACCAUCACUACCCAUCAUUGGACACCUUCACCUACUAUCUUCAUUACAACAUCAAACCUUACACAAUCUCUCAGCCCGCUAUGGACCCAUCUUUCAAAUCUUUCUUGGCUCAUUCCGUUGUGUAGUAGUUUCUGCGCCAGAAAUCGCCAAAGAAUUUCUCAAAACUCAUGAUUCUUCCUUCUCUGGCCGUUUCGUCAAGUCGAGUGCAGAAUAUUACAUGACUUAUGGCUUAAAGGGGCUGGUACUCACCCCUUACGGAAGUUACUUCAAGUUCAUGAAGAAGCUCUGCAUGGCAGAGCUUCUUGGCAAAAGAACCCUAGACCAACUUCUUCCUUUAAGACGUGAAGAAACUCUGAGGUUCCUCAAACUCUUGCAGAAGAAAGGGGAAGCUGGAGAAGCUGUUGAUGUUAGUGGUGAAAUCAUUACUCUCACUAAUAAUGUCAUUUCAAGAAUGACAAUGAGCGUAAGGUGUUGUGAAGAAGGAGGCGGCGGUUUAGUUGACAGUGAAGAGAUAAGAAAGAUGGUGAAAGACAUUAUGGAGAACGCUGGAAAGUUUAAUAAUGUUUUAAAUUUUAUUUGGUUAUUUAAGAACUGGGACUUGCACGGGAAAAAUAAGAGGGUCAAGGAGAUUAGGGAGAGAUUUGAUUCAAUGAUAGAGAAAGUCAUUAGGGAGCAUGAAUUGGCGAGGAAGAAAAUGAAGGAAGAAGGAGAUACAGGUGGGAGAGUGAAGGAUCUACUUGAUAUUUUGCUGGACAUACUCGAAGAUAAUAAGAAAAUUGAUGAGAUACAAUUAACUAAAGAGAAUAUCAAGGCUUUCAUCUUGGACAUAUUCGUGGCAGGAACUGACACAUCAGCUACAAACAUCGAAUGGGCUCUAGCAGAAUUGAUCAACAACCCAAAUAUGAUGGAAAAAGCAAGAAAAGAAAUCGAUUUAGUAACUGGGAACAAUAGAUUAAUACAAGAGUCAGAUGUCGCUAAUCUUCCUUAUUUACAAGCCAUAGUUAAAGAAACCCUAAGACUUCACCCUGUAAUUCCACUUCUAGCAAGACAAUCAAUCUCUGAGACCUCUGUUAAUGUUUGUGGCUAUGAAAUUGCAUCAAAGUCCGUAUUAUUUUUUAAUUUAUGGUCUAUGGGUAGAAACCCCAUGAUUUGGGAGAAUCCACUUGAGUUUAGGCCUGAGAGGUUCAUUGAUGAAGAAAGAAAAUUAUCAGAUUUGAGGGGUCAAAAUUUUCAAUUAUUGCCAUUUGGGACUGGAAGAAGAGUGUGUCCUGGAGCUUCACUAGCACUUCUAACUGUACCCACUACUCUUGCUGCUAUGAUUCAGUGCUUUGAAUGGAAGGUUGAUGGGAAUGUUAGUAUGGAAGAGCAACCUCACAAUGGCAUCGCACUUGCUAGGGCUCAUCCUUUAAUUUGUGUUCCUGUGCCUCGCUUUCAUCAAUUGAGCUAUCUUGGAGAAAAUUAG